AAUACAUACUCACCUUACAAGACGAUCUAUCAAAAUAUUCCCAAGCAUAUGCUAUCGCCAAUCAUGAAGCAAAAACCAUCGCUGAUACCUUUGUGAGAAACUUCAUUUGCAAAUUUGGUAUUCCAAAAUAUAUUGUUACUGAUCAAGGCCAAGAUUUCAUGUCGAAUAUCCUUAACGAAGUUUCAAAAUUGUUCAAAAUAAAACAAAUAAAUUGCACAGCUUAUCACCCCCAAAGCAACGGAGCUCUUGAAAGAAGUCAUCAAACAUUAGCAGAUUAUCUACGUCAUUAUAUUAAUGAGAAUCAAUCCGACUGGGAUUGUUGGAUUGACUUCGCUAUGUUUUCAUACAAUACAACCACACAUUCAUCAACAAAAUUUUCACCACACGAAUUACUAUUCGGUAAACAACCCCAAAUUCCAACUAGUCUCACAAACUCAGUAGAUUUCAAAUACACUUAUGAAAAUUAUGUAGACGAAUUAAAAUUAAAGCUUCAGAAAUCUCAAGAAAUCGCAAGGAAUAAUAUACUCAAAUCCAAAGAAACUAGUAAAAUAUAUUAUGAUAAAAAAUCUAGAAAUACCGAAUUCAAGCUAGGCGAAAAGGUACUAUUAUUAAAUGAAAAAAGUGAAAAAGGAAAAUCUAAAAAAUUAAGUCAACAGUACACCGGUCCUUAUGAAAUAAUAGAAAUAAAUUCUCCAGUUAAUGUCACUAUUCAGAUAAAGAGAAGAAAGGUCAAGGUGCAUACUAACAGACUCAAACAUUUUACUACACCCGUAAUAAUGACUCCGUACCAGUUAGUAGCGGAAUUGUCAAAAACAAUCACGUACAUAAAAAAUGCUAAUGUCUACCCCUACUCUCUGUCCAAAGACAACGCCAACCGAUUUCUAGACAUUAUCGAAAUUAAGUACCAUGUGUCAGAUAAUAGAAUCGUUUAUGUAAUUUCCAUACCCCUAGUAAAUAGCAUGAAAUAUUCGUUAUACAAUCUCGUUCCUCUGCCAAUUCUACAUUCCUCAAAAGAAAGUUUCGUUUUUAUUUUACCGGCAAUAAAAUUUCUAGCUCUUUCCGAAAUUCUCAACACCUAUACCACAUUUAACGAUGUAAACCAUUGUAAAUCCUUAGACGAAAAUGAAAUCAUGUGUAUUCCUGAGGAACCCAUUUACUUAACUCAGUCCAGGAAAAUUUGUGAAACCCAGCUUCUUACAGCCGAUAGCACAAGUGGAAAGUUAGAUCCUUCUUGCGACACCCGAGUACUUCCAGCCUCUUAUGAAAUAUGGCACAAACUCACGUCAAAUAAUAGUUGGAUUUUUGCGCUACCGCAGCAAACCUCAAUAACGCUUAACUGUUUGCCGAACUCACCUUUAUCGUUGUUUAUCAACGGUACUGGCAUAAUAACUUUAGAUGGAGGUUGUAAGUUAUACACUAGUACAACAACCAUAGCGUCAGAUCCUAUCACGGUUAAACAAACUAUCUUCAAGGAACCAAUCUUUCCGAAUUUCGAUUUGUUACAAGAUUGUUGCGAAAAAUUUAAUGAUAAACCUAAAAUUCCAAAUGAAACCCUUCAUAUAAUCCCAAUCCAAUCAAUCGGUCUAGAUUACAACGAAUUAAAUAUCGCGAGCCAAAAACUAGACGAGAUGAAUGUAGAAGCAACAAGGAUCAUUGUUAUGAAAAGUACUGUUAUUAGUUACCUUGUAUGUACAGCCAUCAAAUGUAUUUUGGCUUAUUUAAUGUAUAAGUUGAUAAAAUAUUUAUAUAAAAAAUAUGGAACACAGUCAGAUAAAAAACCAUUGGGCAUAUGUCAUAAAAGCUUCGAAGAGGAAUCUUUAGGGAAUUGUUGCCAAAAAAUAACAAAUUGCCUAACAUUCAACAUAAAAAGUAGAUCAAAAUCCCCUGUCAGAGUUCAAUAUGACGAAGAAAACAUUGCAACCGAGGAAAUUCCACUUAGAAGAAGUCCAAGGAUUGCUCAAUUAAAAGAUCAGUGAUCUUUUAAAUUUAUGGAGGGAGGUGUUAUGUACCUACUCUAUCUUACAUGUUGAAUUCCAAAUUCUUGUAAUCUUUCCAUUAGGAUACAGUCAUCCCUAAUCAAAUCUUCACUAUCUGCAUUCCCAAUUCCCAUAAUAGAUAGUUCAAUAUAAUAAUUAGAGAUAUAACCUUGUAAUCUAAGAUUGCCAAUAUUAAACUCAAAUAUGUAACUCCCUGUUAUCGUGAUUCAUCCCCGAAUCUCGUUACUCUCCAUUAUCAAUGUCAAUUACUGUGCUUUUCCAUUAUUUGUAGUUUCAACCUAAGUAAAUUUAAGAAUAGUAUAUAAUUGUUAGAUUUUAUAAACCAAGUCAGUUCGAACCCAAUUUCGAUUGAGUUAAAGUCUACUACUGUAAAUCUUCGAUGUAAGCAAGUCUUACCCAAAUACUGUAAGUUACCACAAAAUAAACCACUUAUAUUACUAUGUGCCGUUUCUUCGCUGUUCCACAACAUAUGUAUAACCAUAAUAGGAAUGAUUACACCUAAACGGUGGGGCAAUGAAUACAAUAAUAAGGAUUUAUUUAUUAUUAUUGUACCGCUGGCAUCAUUUCUGACGGGAUCUGAACGUGUUCCCAGACUUCUCAAUUCAUCACAUCAUCACACGUCUGUUGUUCGCAAAGCGAAUCGGCGUACCACAGAACACAUCCGUUGACUUACUUUAUGCGGCGUACUGAAUUAAAGAAAAUAUGGGAUUAGAGAGUUGAAGUGCGCACAGAACGUUAGCCUGAACGUAAACGUUAACGUGACAAAUAACGUCAAAUAUAAAGUUUACGUGUUGUAAUGAAAUUUGAGUUGAAGUGCUGCCAUC